CAGCACUGCCACCGCGUCGCCAGAUCAGCGUCGUCAGCAGUCGUCAGCGCAGAUAUUCAUCGUGAUUCUCGCAUCGUCGAUAGUAUACUUUUUGCGUGUACCGGCCAGUACCGGCUUUCGUUGUGAGAGGGAGAGAGAGAAGAAAAGAAAAAGAGAGAGAGAGAGACAGAGAAAGAGAGAGCGCGAGCGAGAGCGUGGCGCGCGACGAUUCUUCCAUCCCGUGUAACCACGUGCUUGAAAAUCCCAUCGGCCGUUACAACCGGAUCGGCUGAUCGGCUCGCGCGUGAGCACACUCGUGACGCCGCGCACGUUUGACGUCCCAUCCGGAGGUACCGGAAUCCCGUCGUUUCGGCGCAUCGGGCGCAACGCCCGUUGUCGCAUCGAAACGCGCACGAUCGCGUUCCAAGCGGAGCGCGUGGCAAGGCAUCGGAACAUUCUAAGUGGAGGAUGCACGCCGGAGGAAUGAUGGAAUUCGUGGAAGGCUGGUUUCUCGGGCACACACUAGGCGAGGGUGCCUACGGCGAGGUCAAGCUCGUUGUAAAUAAGUCUACAGGCGAGGCUGUUGCAAUGAAAAUGAUUGACAUUGAAAAACAUCCAGACGCAAGACAAACAGUUCGCAAGGAGACCGCUAUUCUACAGAUGUUAACCAAUCCAUAUAUUAUACAGUAUUUUGGGAAGCGCAGCGAGCCCAAUAUUGAAUAUAUAUUUCUAGAGUACGCUUCUGGAGGCGAGCUGUUUGACAGAAUUGAACCUGACGUUGGUAUGCCAAUGUGGGAUGCUCAAAAAUAUUUUAGACAAUUAAUUUCUGGAGUUGAGUAUCUGCACAGUCGCGGAGUCGCCCAUCGAGAUCUCAAGCCAGAGAAUUUGCUCCUAGAUAAGAAUGAUAAUUUAAAGAUAAGUGACUUUGGAUUGGCGACAAUUUAUCGUAUGCAUGGUAAAGAGCGUCUCUUAGAGAAGAAAUGUGGAACGCUGCCUUAUAUUGCGCCGGAAGUAUUAGUAGGAGCAUAUCAUGCAGAGCCCGCAGAUGUGUGGUCUUGUGGAAUUAUUCUUGUAGCUUUGUUGGCUGGAGAACUACCUUGGGACCAUCCUCGGUUAGAGUGUCCUGAAUAUAUUGCGUGGAAAAAGGGAAAAUAUAUGUCCCUUAAACCAUGGACAAAGCUGGACAAUUCAUCGUUAUCAUUAUUGAGAAAGGUCCUCCUGGAUUCAGCAUUAGCAAGAUACAAAAUGUCAGAUAUUAAGCAACACAAGUGGUUUGUCAGAAGUUUUACAGGUGAUGAGACAGACAUGCGGUAUCAUUUGAAUCGGCAUAUGCAAGCAUAUACAGAGGAUGAAAAUCUAAGAAAUGCCUGCUUGUCUCAACCUGAGUUUCCCUGGAUGGAAAGUAACAAUGCAAUUCAAUUCAAUUUAGAUGGACGUCAAUUUUCAUUUUCCCAACCCGCUCAUGUAGAUGAUCUUAUAGUUGCUACACAAUUACAGGCGUUUACACAAGCCAGUCAGCAAAGCUCCUUCCAGAGAUUAGCUCGUCGAAUGACUAGGUUUUUCGUUAAAAUAGGAGUUGAGGAAAUUGUAAAAAGGCUAAUAAGAUAUUGCGAAAAAGAGAAUUACGCACACCGCGUUAAUGAGUCUGGUGUGAUCACUAUAUCGACCGUAGAUCGACGUAAAAUGUCUUUAAUUUUUAAAGUAAAUUUUAUAGAAAUGAAUGGAAAUAUACUUGUUGAUUUUCGCUUGUCCAAGGGAGAUGGUUUGGAAUUCAAAAGAGCAUUCAUUAAAAUAAGGUGUGCAAUGGAAGAUGUUAUUCUGAAGAGUUCCAUGGCAUAUUCAAGGAGUUAAUAGCUAAAGUUAUUAACUAAAGUUUCACGCACAGAAAAAAAUGCUGGGGGGGGGGGGGGCAGCAAGUAGGGUGGAGCUAUCCGUCACCUGAGGGAUUAUUAAAACCUGUCUAUCACGUUAGGCAAGUUUGUCUCUUCUUGCGAUGUUGGGCCCCACGAGUCUCACACUACCUGUCUGGAUAACUGGAUGAAUGUGCAUUACUGCAUUUCCCUCUACCUUCAUAUUAAAAAAAAAAAACAAUGACAUGACUCAUUUAAUAUACCACAGGUCAGCAGGUACUAGCUAUGUAACAUUAAAGCUCGAAAUGAUGGUCAAAACGUCCGAAUAUUAUAUAUUUUAAUUCAAAAUUUGAUUAUUAAGUUAUUGCUGUGCACCAAGUCUAAUUUGUAUACGUUACUUUGCAUUAAUUUUUUUUUAUCAAAAUAACGAUUUGAAAUAAUUCAUCUUUCCAAAAUAAUCGUGUUGAAAGUAAAAAAAAAAACUGAUGUUCCAUGAGCAAAAAGAUAAAUGAAGACAAAUUUAAUUUAACCUACGACAUAUAAAAUACUUGUCAAGAUGUAAAGAGCUGAAAAUGAAUGUUAUAAAACUGAAUAUAACGUGUUUCAUAUUCACAACUAAAAAUGGAGUAGAAAAGCUUGUUAUGCGGAAUUAUAGAAUUCACGAUAUUUUGUAUAAAUUGAGAAUAACUUUCUGUUAAAUUGAGAAUAACCGUCGAAAUUUACAAAUUGUUUAGACGUUACAACAUGACCAUUGAUCAUGAAUGUUUAUUGUGUUGUCAUACAUAAUAAACUAUAGUUCUACUAGUACCUAUCUAGACGACUGGAUGGAUGUGCCCCUACCUUCGUAAAAAAAGGAGUCAAUAGCUGUGACAUGUUCAUAAAUAAUAUAUAUAGUAAUGAUUUAUUUUGUAAUUUGUAUAUUUAAAAUAUAUUUUUAUAUCAGUUUUUAUAUUAAAAA